AUGGCAACCCAAACGUUACCCCCGGGAAAUGGACCAAGUGCCACAGACAUGCAGUACUAUUACCAACAUCUGUACCCAUUCAAAUCGGUGUUUCAAUGGCUAAAUCAUUCACCAAAACCUGGUCGCGAUAUGAUGCAUAGAGAGCUAGCAAUGGCUUUCCGUUCAGGAGCUUACAAAAGAUACAACUCGUUCGACUCUGUGCAGGAAUUUAAAGCUCAGAUUCAGCGGUCAAACCCUGAUAGGUUCGAAAUCGGAGCUGUCUACAACAAGCCACCGCGCCAAAUGGAUUCCCUUCUGAAGGCAGACAUGAAGCCACUAGAAAAAGAGGUCGUCUUUGAUAUCGAUAUGGACGAUUAUGACGCCCAUAGAACUUGUUGCUCGGGGGCCAAUGUAUGCUCUAAGUGCUGGAAAUUCAUCUCCUUAGCAAUGAAAAUCAUCAAUGUCGCCUUAGAAGAAGACUUUGGUUAUACUGAUUACAUAUGGAUCUUUUCGGGCAGACGUGGUGCGCAUUGCUGGGUCACUGAUAGAAGAGCUAGACAGCUCAACGACAUACAAAGGAGGAGUGUACUCGAUUACAUGAACGUUGUGAGAGACAGGAAUAUUGAUAAGCGACAAAACCUCAAACGCCCGUACCAUCCUCAUUUGAUGCGUUCGCUGGAAAUACUUAAACCGUUUUUUGUUGAAAUCAUUCUGCGAGAACAAAACCCGUGGCAGGACGACGCCGUUGCCUUUAAUGGACUACUCUCGGGACUGCACGACAAAGUUCUGAUAGAGAUUCUGAAAAAACACUGGACAAAGAAUUCAAAUCGCACAAGUGAGCAGAAAUGGCAAGACAUUGACAAUCUGGCAGCAACCCAAAUAAAGCACACAUCUCCGCUAAAAAAGUCUGACUACUUCAAUAGGCUUCGAGAGUGUAAAGAAGACCUUGUUAUGGCCACCCUUUACCCUAAGCUGGAUGUGGAAGUUACCAAGCAGACAAUUCACUUGCUAAAAGCACCAUUUUGCAUCCAUCCGGCCACGGGCAGUGUCUGUGUUCCGAUCACAGAAGCAUUUACUCCAUCUGACGCACCGAAGCUCAUAAAACUGCAGAACGAGCUGGAGUCUAAUGAAAAUAAAGUGGAAAGGACCUCUUUGCAACCCUUUUUACAUCAGUUCCAGCAGUUCGUCAAUCAAGUCGUUAAAAAGGAGUUGUCAGGUGCCAAAAGAGAAAGGGAGGAAGAAGCUGUCAAUGACUUUUAA